AAUUAUAUAGAACAGUGUCUCCAACGGCACAUGAAUUUAUAUGAGGUUAAGAAUGCGCUAUUCGUUAAGGCCAAAAUCAAUCCCGCAUUUACUGAACUUGCGUGGAAAAAGCUUGAAGGGGACAACCCAGCAUUUUUUAAGGCCUAUCAUCUGCGGCUAAUUGUGAGGGAUCAAAUAAUAAAAUUCAAUAGGUUGCUAGAGAGGCAAGUGGAGUUAACGACCCAACUAUCAGCUGGACCUACUGCUGUUCACAUGUCCAAUGGAUCUCAUAUUCCACCAACAUUUAAUGGUCAAGCCUACACAGGAUGUGCAUUGCAGUCAGAAUAUAUGCACCAGCCUUUGGGAUAUUCAAAUGGCGGGUCAUCAUCCGUGCAUCCAUGUAUGCAAGCUCCGGUUGAUGCAUCUAAUAAUGCUAGAAACAUUAAUGUUUCAUCCAGCAUGCUAUUCGGUUCAUCCAACAUGCUAAUGGGUCAGAGCUCAAAUGAGGGAUUGGUGCAAGGAAUGAAUGGAGAGAUAAUGAAUUUAGACACAUUUGUACCUAAUGGCAAUGUUCUUGAUGCCCGCCAUGUUGCUGGAGAUAUGCAUGUUUCACAGCCGAUUAAUAAUACCCUCUUAGCGACCGGUGCUUCUUAUGAGAUCCCGGGAAUGAUUCCAAGAAGCUCAAGUCUGUCUGACUUUACAGCCGAUUUUUUUCAAGAUAUAUUGGAAAGUUACCCUGAAUCUCCUUUCUUAACAACUGGUUCAGACAACUUCUUGAAUCCUCAGUAUCAAGUAGAACAACAAGAUAAUAGAAGCUUUGACACAAUAUCCAAAGAGUGGAACUAUGAUGACUUUGGUGGUAACUGACUGAUGGACCAAGACGAUUUAGAGAAAAUUUGAGUAAGCUCGAUGGUCUGGUGACUACAUUAUCUUAUAUGGGUAAUUUUAUGCCAUUGAUUAGGUAAUAAUUUUUAAAGAUGGGCGGUGGUUAACAUCAGGUUUUGAUUUUUCUAGUCAGCCAAAAUCCAGCAGGCUAUGAUCAAGACUACACAGGAUCUGCAUUGCUGACAGGAGAAGCACCAGCCUUUAAACUAUUCCUUAUAUUCAAAUGACGGGUCAUCAUCAGUGCAUAUAUAAGGGACUGUUUAUAUCUCCGAUUAUGAUAGAAGGAUUAAAUCUUCAUCCAACAUGGGAUUGGUGCUGGGAAUUAUGAUCAUAUAAAUGGUUUCCCUUGCAUGUUUGGACCUAAUGGCGAUGUUCUUGAUACCAGACAUGCAGCUGGAGAAAUGCUUGUUUCAUCCUACGAUAGCGUUGAGUCAGAGUCGCAACUCACAAUCAGUUAACAAUAAUACCUUAUUGGGGGCUGAUGAUGCUUAUGAGAGUCGGGGGCAGAUUCCAAGAAGCUUCAGUCUAUCAGAUUUAAACGCCAAUUAUUUCUCGGUUCUGGUUAUACCCAUUUCACCUUUUUCUCCAUUAUUUUUUUAUAUAUCAUCUUCUGAAAUCCUCAUGCCAAUGAUGAACUGAAUUAAAUUGAGUUGAAUCAAUGUGUCUUCAUAUAUUUGCUUAAAUGUUA